AUGCGCCAUUUCAACGCUAACACCGGCCCUGGUGUUUUCCUCUCCCCCAGCAAAAUCGUGAAAUCACAUCAAUUUAUCAAACCGGAGGAGAAGCAAAGUAAAAAGAAGGCUUCCGGUUCUAAAAGCGGCGGAAAGAAGAGACAGGCUAGAAAGAAAACAGCUCCGGCUAAAGAAAAAUCCGGUAGUAAGGCGGACAAACAACUUGAUGAAAAUGAAACUGCGGACGAAAAUAUUCGGCAAACGGACGAGGAUCUGGUCAAUCAAAUCAUGAUGGAAAUUCACGAGCAAGUUCACGCAGCUAGCGACGUCUAUUUUCAAUGGGCCCUUUACCGGCAGGAAAUCUUCUACUCCAACAUGCUACCGGAACAUCCUACUGACCGAAAAUUUGAAAAGCUGGUUGAGAUGGAAGAGGAAGUCAUCAACCUCACAAAGGCUCAGAGCGUCCUGACCGCUCUUCGACGAAGCAGCAUGGUUGAACAGCAUGCCCAGUUACUGGGGCUAACCGAACACAUCCAACGUCUUCAAGGAAAGCAUAUCCCAGGGACAGAGGACUCUCAACUUGAGCUCUUGGUGCUGGACAUGCUUACGGUCAAAGAACAGGAGCACUGUUGGAAGCGGAACCCAAGCACCGGGAGGCAUCGCACUUUUCCAGAUCGCCACCUGAGGAUGAUGGCGGAACCCAUUACCAACAACACCGAUCACAGGACGGGUACACCGCCCACCGAUCGGCGAGUCUCUCUUCAAACCGAGGAUUCGGUACCAACGGUAACAGAAGAUAAAGUAAAGGAUCUCAUCGAGGAAUUUGUCAAUGUUGCCAUUCGGCAAUGGCAAAAGAAGAUCAAAGAAACCGCGACUAAAUCCAUCGACAUGAUUGAGUCUACAAACAAAGAGCUACAAACCGCGGUCGAACGGAUCACGUCCGUUGAGGACAGAUACGGCAUGACCGACCUUUUGUACAACGACAAUACUAGAACUAAGGAAUUGGAAGCCGUCACUAAGAAGUUGGAAACCGACCUCGCCCUUACAAGCCAAAAGGUCGGUAUGACAGAACUAAACCAAUUAACAACCGAUCAAAAGCUGAAAAAGAUUGACGGGGAUCUGGCUCGAUUGGGUAUCCAGGCCGGUUCCACACUUGAGAGAGUGGCAAUGCUUGAAGAAAAGCAUGUCAAAACCGAGGCCGAUUUAAAGGCGGUCACCGAACAGUUGGCGGAAAUGAUAUCGGCAAAGUUGGUAGCCGAUAAAGCACUUGAGGAGGCAAAUGCGCUCGCGGCUCAAAGGACGAGCAAACCCGGCUUCAAAACGAAACGGCAAUAG